CUGGGGUCUGAGAGGGAGCAGCCCAAGAAGUCAGGCCACAAUGUGUAAGCACUUAUCAAGCCUCUGCCUGCAUCAUGCUUGCCAAUGUGCCAUUGGCCAAAGCCAACCAGUCAUAAAUGUAUCGGUCUUGGAACUACACUUGAGGGGCACUGCCUUAGAUAGCACUGCAGAUCCCUCUAUUCAUUUCUAUUUGUUUGUGAUAAAUUUUCUAUGGUUCUGUAGUGGAGUCUGGGAAAUUCUUAAGUGCCUGCCAUGCCCUUAGCUAUGCAUUGUGCCAUGUGAUCCUGCUUCCUGACCACAACGUACUAUAGACAAUGUGCUAGACCUAACAGGCUGCGUGUGGAAACUGCCCAGUUUUUCAUAUUAUAGGGUGAAUAAUCCAAUUAGAAUGAUCCAAUUCAAACUUUGAAUGCAGGACACACAAAGGCAAGGCAGGUAGAAGCAGAAACAAAGAGAAGCUUUAUUUUGAGCGAACAACAAAACUGGCCAGGUUACCAGAGCUGCCGCUUAUUACUUUGAGCAGUGAACCACAUUCCACUGCCAUGAAGCCUAGCUCUGCGGCUGCAGAGAUGCUUCUUGUGCUCUCCUACUUCCUGGUGUGACCCUAAUUUAAGCCUGCAUCUCCUUUUCUAACAAGAGCAAGUCUCUCUUCCAUGUUUCCUGGAAGAUCUUCCCACUCUCUGUCUUGAUGGCUCUGAUAUUUGCAUUAUACCGCUGAGUCUCUGAUUUUAUAUGGAAGAAAACAAUAAUCCAUCUUGAUCAAGAAAUGUGGCUUUUUAACGCUCAGUUUCUACUGCGUUUGAGAAAAACAAUAAACUAUUCUUUCACCCAUGAUGUAGCAAUUCUUCCAUCUGCGAAAAUGCCUUGGGAUUAUCGCAAUACAUGACUCUUAGGGAAAGUCCUAGAAUUACUGUAAAAAUCAGUAAACAUCUCAUUCCAGCAUCCUGCUUCUCUCUUCUAAUUGCCCCUUAGUUUUUGGCGAAGACAGCACUAAAAAAAAAUCUUAGCAGGUUUUCCCUGCCUCUCGCCCUUCCUGUCCUCUCUUCCCAACAAAGGGAGAAAGCCGACUGUGGCUUAGAAAAGGGGGAAGCAAUGCUACAGCAGGCACUAGCAGCGGAAAAGAUGGCCUCACGGAAGGAGUGCAGAGAGGCUGCACGGCCGCCUAGAAACACAGAGGGGACAGCUCCAUGAAGUCUCUCCCAAUUCAGAGAUUGAGAGGCGGUAACAAGGGAGCGGCCCUCGGGCAGAGAGAUGCUGAGAAAGCUCGUCCUCACCUGGGUAACUGCCAGUGGCCACAUUUGGCCCAAUGCCCACAGAAGGGCCGCUUACAGUGGACAUUUCCAACUCCGGCAUUGGGCAAUACCCUCUUACUCAAUCAUUGGAGAGGCGAUAGUAACGUCAUUGACUACUUCCCAGCCAGUCUCGCGACGUCAUCCCGCAGCGCCGGAAGCGGUGAGGCACGGAUGGAAUAAAGUAAGGGUGUAAGUCUCCGUUGUCUCAAGGGUGAUGAUGCGGGUGUGCUGGCUGGUGAGACAGGACAGCCGGCAACAGCGAAUCAGACUCCCACACUUGAAAGCAGUUGUGAUUGGGCGCAGCCCCGAGACCAAGAUCACUGAUAAGAAAUGUUCUCGACGGCAAGUACAGUUGAAAGCAGAGUGUAACAAGGGAUACGUCAAGGUAAAGCAGGUAGGGAUCAAUCCCACCAGCAUUGACUCAGUCAUAAUUGGGAAGGACCAAGAGGUGAAGCUGCAGCCUGGCCAGGUUCUCCACAUGGUGAAUGAACUUUAUCCAUAUAUUGUAGAGUUUGAGGAAGAGACAGAGAGCCCUGGCCUGGAAACACACAGGAAGAGAAAGAGGUCAGGUGACAGUGAUUCUAUAGAAAGGGAUGUUGCCCAGGAAGGUGAGCCAGGGACGGGACUGGAUCCCAGGAGCAGCCCUACCCAAUGCUCUGUGCCUGCAAAGAAGGGGGAAGAUGCAUCGACCAAAAAGGAAUCAUUAGGCCACUGGAGUCAAGGUUUGAAGAUUUCUAUGCAGGAUCCCAAAAUGCAGGUUUACAAAGAUGAGCAGGUGGUAGUGAUUAAGGAUAAAUAUCCUAAGGCCCGUCACCACUGGCUGGUCUUACCAUGGGCCCCCAUUUCCAGUCUGAAGGCUGUGACCUGGGAACACCUUGAGCUUCUCAAACACAUGCACACCGUGGGAGAAGAGGUGAUUGCAGAUUGUGCUGGCUCCAGCAAACUCCGCUUUCGAUUGGGCUACCAUGCCAUCCCCAGCAUGAGCCACGUACAUCUUCAUGUGAUCAGCCAGGAUUUUGAUUCCCCCUGCCUUAAAAACAAAAAACAUUGGAAUUCUUUCAAUACAGAAUACUUCUUAGAAUCACAAGCUGUGAUUCAGAUGGUACAAGAGGCUGGCAGAGUGACUGUUCCAGACGGGAUGCCUGAGCUCUUGAAGCUGCCGCUUCGUUGUCAUGAGUGUCAGCAGCUGCUACCUUCCAUUCCUCAGCUGAAAGAGCAUCUCAGGAAGCACUGGCCAAAGUGACUCUAUGGAGAUGGAACUUCUGUAGGAAGUGCGGCCAGUUGUUUGACGUGAGCUCCUGGCACCUCUUUUGGAUUGCUUGUGAACUUUUACUUAUUUCUUGAAUUAAAACAUGCAGCUUUUUUACAAA